AUGUCGUGGGUAACAAAUUUUAAACGGCGCCAUAAUAUACGGUUAGUGAGUGUGUGUGGUGAAAAAGCCAGUGCUGAUAUAAAUGCAGCAGAAAUUUUUAAACAACAGUUUCAGCAGUUUAUAGAAGAACAGGACAUCGACAUCGAAAAUAUUUAUAACAUGGACGAAAGUGGGCUGUUUUGGAAAGCGCUUCCAACAAAAAGUUUGUCUACAGAAAAAAGUGUAGCUGGCUUAAAAAUCAAGAAAGACCGAAUUACCUUCGGUUUAUGUGCUAAUGUCACUGGAACUAAUAAAAUUAAGCCAUUCGUAGUGCAUAAAUACAAAAAACCAAGAGCGUUGAAGCACUCACUGCACAGACUUCCAGUCUGUUACAAAUCACAAAAAAAUGCUUGGGUAGACCGUUCCUUAUUCCAAGACUGGUUUGAAAAUCAUUUUAAGCCCAGCGUCCGCGAAUUCCAACUAAGGAAAGACAUCACUGGGAAAGUAAUACUAUUGGUUGACAAUUGCACAGCUCAUCAACUCUCAUCAUCCGAGCACGAUGGAGACUUCUUUCUGCUAAAAUAUCUUCCACCGAACACCACAUCCCUCCUGCAACCAAUGGAUCAAAGAGUGAUUUUGAAAACGAAACGAAUGUUUCAGAAAGAAAUGUGCCGCUCAAUUUUAACAUAUGAGGGUGGGGUUAAUGAAUUUUAUGCCCAUUAUAACAUAAAAGACUGCAUAGAUAUUUUGGUGCACGCAUGGGCAGAAGUUACGCCGGAAAAUAUACGGCAUAGUUGGAAUAGAAUAAUUCCAGCUCCUUCACACAUACAGAACUAUUUUUCAAACGAGAGUGAAGAAGACGGUUUGGAAGAUGUACUGUCUGUGAUCAGUGAUGGGCAAAUUUCGCAAGAAGAAGCCAUUAUUUUUCUGAAUACGUGCCGUGCAGGAGAAGAAAAAGUUACAGAAAGUGACGCAGACAGUGACAACGAAAGUGAGCAGCACAGUGACAAUGAAAGUGAGAACAAUGAUAGUGAAAACGAACACAACAUACAAUCACCGAAAGAACAAAUAAAAUAUAAGUUACUGUGUUUAAAAUACCAUCUAUUGAGAGCUAACUGUUUAACAGCGGAAAUAGAACAUCUUUCGUCUUCAUAG